UGUCUCCCCACGCGCCCUCCACCACUACGCGCCUCUUCUACUAAUUCGCGGUUCUUAUACGUUGCGCCUAGCAUUGCGCGCGACCUGGCCGCUGCUGCUUCUUCUGCCUUCUUGUAUUGUAAUUACAUAUACCCCUUUCACCGCGUACGAUAAUUUGCAUAAUGGGGAGCGACUAUGGAGGUCCGGACUUCUCCUACGCCUAUGGCGGAACACCCGCAUCAGCAUCCUGGAACCCAGCCAUGCGGCCAGAUCACGACGAACAGUCCCCGGUUCCUGAGGAACUACCACCACAUCCAUCCGGCGCCGUGAAGGAGCCCCUGUCGCAACCCGAGUCGACCCCUGUGAUGGACGACGAGCUUCCGGCUGUCAAAGGAGCGGCCCCCGCAGCACCCUUGGCCGUCUUCAAUGACGAAUCAGCCGUUCACGACGAUUUCUUCGGUAGCCAAGGCAUCUCAGACAAGACAACACAGGGCAAUGGGGUAUCUCAAAUACAAGCAACGAACGGAAAUGAGAAUACUCUGGACGCGGAGAGCACCCCGAUAACAUCAGAUAGCGUCGCAAGCCCGAUCGAGGUAUCUAGAAUGGGCCUAGAAGCUACAAAUGGGACACACAAUGAGGAGAGCAUCAGUAAUGAUGUGGAAGAGGAGCAUCUCCCGGCGGAGCAUUAUGAGCAUCAAGGAGACUCAACAUUUCUAGAGGACGCCAUCCAAGAACAUGCCGAGGCCCCGCUGGCCACCCAAGCUGCAACGCCAUCGCUUGCAACACCAUCAAUCGAUUGGGGUACAUCCGGAGAAGUGUUCGAUUUGGGCGGCAAACAGCAGGAUGGCCCAGUCGCAAGCCCCGAUAUUCCUCAAGGGAAAGUCGGAGAAGUGAAGACUCCUGAGAUAGACUGGGGGACAACUGAGGACGAUGAUUUAUUUGGUGCUGGAGCAGAUCAUAUCCACGAUGCACACAACGACGGUGGCAGCCAGCAAGGCCUCUGGGAUCUCGCAUUCGAUGACGAUUUCCUGCCCGAAAAUGUGGAGACAGUCCCGCCUUUCGAAUUCGAGGACGAUCCUGGCUUCCUAGAAGAUGAAAUGCCUCUGCCAGAACCAUCGGUUACGCAAUCUGUUCGUCCUGGGUCAAGUUCAGCGAACAAGUAUGCUCCAACCGGAGCCCCAGCGCCGAAGCCCAACACGAACCCCUAUGGGGUGCAAGCGCCGCAGUUCACGGAUUUUUCUCAGAUGGACCAGAAGUCGAUUCCCUCGCCAGUCACCCCUUUCGAGGCAUAUGGUCAAUCUCCGCAAAUACAGCAGCAGCAGCAACCGAGUCGACCCGUAUUGCCCAGCUCAGCCCUGAGUUUUGCGGACAAGGCCAAGGGAGGUUAUCACUCCCCGUAUGAUCUUCCAGAUGAUAUUGUCAAGCCCCGAAGAAGAGCAGCUCCACAUCACGUUUCCGUCGUACCAGCUGCACACCCAACUCCUCCGCCACCCAGGAGCAGUAGCAUGUAUUCUAACACUAGUGCCGGUGCUGCACGACCUCCGCCUCACUCGAAUAUGUCAGCCGCCAGCUUAUCACCUCCGUCGUCUAGCCACUCCAUGCAACCUCAAAUGAAUGGACUGAACCCUGCGCCUACCCAACAGCCCCCGCCACCGGCCAAACCGGCUAGUAGCGGCUUCUUUGCGGAAUUACCCAUUGUCACAAAGCCCAGGCAUCAUGCUCAUGCUCCUCCGUCUGGACGCUACACCCCACAACAUGGUAUGCCAACACCACCUCCCGGGAACUAUGGCCCUCCUCAGCCACCUCCAAACCAGCGGACAGAUUCGUGGGCCUCGCAAGGCUCUCAGGCUCAAUCUGCGCCGCUGAUAGCCCAAUUACAAGCACCUGAGAGACUACCCGCCUUCCCAGAUUUGGGCACGUCUCCUACUCGGUCGAACAGCCUCCCAGUACCACCUCCGGCGCCUAUAGCGCCAUCUCGGUAUUCCCCAGCCCCACCUUCUGCUCACGGGGCUGGCUCCCGUUACUCUCCUGCACCUCCCACAGCUGCCCCUUCAGUACCAAGAUAUUCUCCUGCGCCCCCUUCGCAAGGUCCUCCAGCUCCUACACAUGCCCGAUAUGCGUCGGAUCCAACAGGGCCGCCAAGGCCACAUCCGCAACCGUUCGCACCGCGCACAUCCAGCCCUCUCGCGUUUCACACGGUGCCGCAAGAUCAAGCCGAUCAAGGCCAUCCUCCUAGUCAGCAUGCUACUCCCGAGCAAGGCCAUCAUACCAUGCAUUCGGAAUCGGCUGUUCCUAGGGCUAUCUUCAGACAGCCUCUAGCAGAAGUUAGUGAAAUCGAGGAACGGGAUCCCAGUCAAGCACUUUUCGAGGCUCAAUCAAGACCGCCAAUGACAGCCAGAUCAGCAACACCGCCUAUGAGAAGUAGCCCGUCUUCCACCGUUGGAUCGCCAAGAAAACGAACGAAUUACACGCCGCAAUAUCAACCAGGGCAACCUCAACCAGGGCAGCCCCCACAAAGCGCUAUUAUGUCACCGCCCAGGCGGUCUCAAACUAUAUCUCCGAGUGCAACAAUGAAGAACCCUAUGCUUGUACGCGCUAAUAUAGAACGACGGGCAUCAGUACACGACCUUACUGUUCAGACUGCUGGCCCAACAACGCAAAACAUGGCUUCGAUCAUUCCUCAUAGACGUCAAUUCUCUCGUGAUUUUGACUUUAUCCAGCCCACAGACGAGCGUGCGGCCGAUCCUCUGCAACGAUGGAAAGGCCAUCCAAUUUUCCAAUGGGGAGUGGGAGGCACUGUCGUCACCAGCUUCCCCAAGUACGUUCCGCGAUACGGGACCGGGAGUGCAUCCCCGAUGAUGAAAGCCAAUGCUGGUGAGGUCAGAAUCCAAAGUGUGAAGGAAGCUUGUCCACUUUCGGAAGACAUUGCAAAAUUCCCAGGCCCUCUCAAAGCGAAGAGCAAAAAGAAGGAUGUUUCGACGUGGCUGACUGGAAAAAUCGGCGCUUUCGAGACCGACUUUAAGAACCCCGCCGUGGAACGUGCGAUGAGCCCUGAAGAGCUGAAACGCUUCGAAGAGAAAAUCUUGCUAUGGAAAGUCAUGCAAAUCCUUGUCGACAAUGACGGGCUUUUGGAAGGAAAUCCAACCGUCGAACAAGCCGUCCGGAAAGUGCUCUCUCCUCACGGUGUAGAGGACUCAUCAGAGCCACCAACUCCUUCAUACUCCACUGCUGCAGAUAUAGUAGGACGAGCACGAUCGGCAUCAACAAACGUUCAAGCUGAGCCAAUUGAUCCUAAGGCGGUUGAUGAGCUUCGAACUCUUCUCACAAGGGGAGACCGCGAGAAGGCUGUAUGGCAUGCUGUUGACCAGCGACUGUGGGCUCAUGCCAUGCUCUUGUCGUCUACUCUCGACAAGUCGGUCUGGAAGCAGGUUGUACAAGAGUUUGUCCGAAACGAGGUGAAGAAAAUCGGCGGAAAUACCCAGGCUUUGGCGGUGCUCUAUGAAGUAUUUGCCGGAAACUGGGAGGACUGUAUCGACGAACUUGUCCCCGCUUCGGCGAGGGCAGGUUUCCAAAUGAUGAGCACCGAUGCAAAUGGCGCUCCCAGGAAUGCACUUCAGGGCCUUGACCGAUGGCAGGAGUCUCUCCUCCUUAUCCUCAGCAACCGAAGCGAAGGAGACGUGCAGGCACUACUCUCCCUUGGAAGGUUGCUGGCUGGAUACGGUCGCAUCGAAGCAGCUCACAUUUGCUUCAUCUUUGGCCGAUCUACCGCCUACUUCGGAGGCCUCGACGAUCCUCAGUCCGAUCUAGUGCUCGUAGGAGCAGAUCAUCGGGCUAAUCCCGAGAGCAUUGGAAAAGACUUGGAGCCUCUCAUGCUGACGGAGAUUUACGAAUAUGCCCUUUCAUUACACGCUUCGAGUGCCGCUAUUGUACCACACCUCCAAAACUUCAAACUCGCCCACGCUUUUACUUUGGCUGAGUUUGGUUAUCGCAACGAAGCGCAACAUUACUGCGACGCCAUCGGCGCUGCUAUCAAGGCUACUACGAGAGUCUCGCCUUACUACAACAAUAGCUUCAUCAUGCUUCUCGAAGACUUGACCAAGCGGCUAUCGCAUUCUCCUAAGGAUGGGUCAUCGUCUUGGAUCUCCAAACCAAGCAUGGAUAAGGUCUCUGGAUCCUUCUUUGCGAAAUUCACUAGCUUCGUCGCUGGUGACGAGAGCGAUGCCGUGUCGAACCAUUCUGGAAACGGUCCUGCGGAAGUCGGUCCCUUUGCUAGGAUUGGUGGAAACACACCCACGAUUAGCCCAGUACAUUCCAAUGCCGAUAUUUAUGGAACCUAUGGCACAUACCCUGGUGCGCCUCCUUCGGCCGGACUGCCAAACUCCAGAUAUGCUCCAGGAGCUUCCGCUGCACCUCGAGGGUCCUCGGAGCAGCCUAGAUCUCGUUAUGAUCCUCAAGCUCAAUCGCCAUACCAGGGCAGUCGACCAUUGAUGGAAUCUUCGGACGGUUCCCAAGGUUUCAGACGCGCUUCUGAAAAUUAUAUGCUUCCCCCCCAACUAGGCAAUGCACACACGCCGGGUGUUAUGGCCCCGCCUCAACGCGCACCGAUGCCUCGCUCGCAGUCUCUGUAUUCGCCGGAUGCUCCCGAAGUCACAUCUAUGCAUACACCGUACGCGAAUCCGUAUCAGCCUGCUCCGUUAGCAGAAGAGACCGAACCUAGCUCCGGCUAUCAGCCCCUCCAACAGCAUUCAGGUCCACCAUCAGGCGACCGACCCCCACCUGGCUACGAAUCCCCCUCCGUGGGUUAUGAGCCUCCCGCCAGCUCCUACAAACCACCCACCGGCUCCUACGAACCACCCACAUACGAGCCCUACCAACCCGACGCUGAAUCCGCCCCUCCCGUCCUCGAAAAGAAGAAGUCCUUCAUGGAUGACGACGAAGACGACGAGAUCGUCCGUCGCGCCGCUGAACUCAAAAGGCAACAGAAAGCCGAAGCCGACAAAAAAGCCGACGAAGCAUUCCGCAAAGCCGCUGAAGCCGACGCCGCGAAAGACAAGAAAGGCGCGCAAAAGGGAGGCUGGAUCUCCGGCUGGUUUAAGAAAGACCCCAAUGCUGCCCCCGCGCCUAUCAAGGCCAAGCUCGGCGAGGAGAACAGCUUCGUCUACGACGCCGAUCUGGGCAAAUGGGUCAACAAGAAAGCUGGCGGGAGCGAGACGGCUUCCGCGGCCAGGGCCACCCCGCCUCCGCCGAAGAGCGGACCCCCGUCUAGGAGUGUCAGUGGGAACAGCGUCGCUGCGAAUCAUGCGCUUGGCCAGCUUGGCUCGAGCUUGCCGCAUAGCUAUUCUGCGCCGGGCUCGCGCCCACCUACCUCCACGCCUAAUCAGAGGAGCUCGAGUAUGCCGCCGCCGUCUGCGCCAGGGAGUCGCGCGGGGACGCCGGCGCGAGUGGGCACACCUGGGGCGGAGGGCGAAGGGUCGAUGCUGCCGCCUACGCUCAUGCCGCCGAGUCUGCCAGCUGGGAGUGGACCACCGUCUCGGCCAGGCACAGGCAUGAGCACAGCGAGUAGUAUCGAGGAUUUGAUCGGCGCGCCGCAGGCCAGAGCGGGCGGGACGGUGAAGAGGAACAAGAAGAAGGGGGGAAGGUAUAUUGAUGUUAUGGCACAGGGGUCGUGAAUAGCAUAUUUUGGAGGUUGAGGAGAGUUGAGUUGGGUAUAGGCGUUCUGGCAUCUGUGUUCCUGGGUCCUGGGUGCGGGUGUGGGAUUAUACCUCCCUCCCUUUGCCUAGGAGGUCGUUUUUUGUUAUCAUCACUCAUCAUGGGUUGGGGACUGUUGUAUGAAAAGUUUCCUUUUUCCUCUAUUCAGGUUUCUUUCAAUUCGCGGCGUGUGCUCGAUGCCGCGGCUGCGCAGCUAUUGCUCUUACUAAACUCUUUGUGGUCACACUCGCUCGCUUGUUGAAGGGGUGAGGAUUGGCUCUGUAUUAUACUCUUCAUUCUUUCAUCAAAGCAGAUUGGAAAGGGCCUGGGGAUUCGGUGGGCGGGAUCUGGGGCAUAGAUUUAAUAUUGAUUGAGAUGUUUGUGGUGUCUACUUUCUUCGUUUUUGAAGGUGUCCGUGUUGCUCGUGACACUGCUCAA